CUCCGUUCUCACCCUAUGCUAUCAACAAUACGCUAUAGCGGCGUUAUAGCGUUUUGCGGUGGUACUAAACUGCUAUUUUAAAAUAGCAUUUUCGAAUAGUGGUGACACUGUUAUCGACGCUACUGACCACUAUUUACCACGAACUCCGUCAGCGCUAUAGUGAUGCUACACUCGCUUUUACAAUUUCGUACACAUUUGGGCUACUUUGACAAAGAAAAAACCGAUGAUGGGCUAUUUGAAUAUUAAAUUUGUAUUUUCUUAAUUCGCCCGAUACAACUUUUCUUUCUCAUCUCCUUCUGUACUUAGAAACCACAAACGACUUGAGAAGAUGGAGCCCGUCGAAUCAGCAGCCAACCUCCGUUCACAAUUCCAUGAAGUUCUUCGUAGUCGGCGUUCUCCUUUAGUUCCGAAACUACAUAUACUUCAGACACUACCUGCAAAACCCGUGGUGGAGCCCUUAUUUCAGGGAAUACCUGUUGACUUUGAGGUAAUGACACACUACCCGAAACCACGCAUUCCUAACUUCGAGGCACUGCUCAAUGAAGAAAACUUUUACUUAAUCACUGAGGGAGGAGAGCAAGGGCGAGUGCCUGUGCUCGUUUUGAGCAUGAAAGAAAGCACACAAUCAAAAAGACCAGCUGUUGUUUAUUUGCAUCCAACAAAUGCAAACAAAGAGUAUCUACGCCCUUUACUUGAGGAUUAUGCUUCACGUGGAUAUAUUUCAAUUGCCAUUGAUUCUCGUUACCAUGGAGAUCGUGCCAAAACUUGUACCGCCUAUCAAGAUGCACUUGUUUCAUCAUGGAAAAGAGGUGAUACAAUGCCAUUUAUAUAUGACACGGUGUGGGACCUUAUAAAGUUGGCAGAUUAUCUAACUGAAAGAGAUGAUAUAGACCAUUCCAAGAUAGGAAUCACUGGGAAUUCACUUGGAGGAAUGCAUGCAUGGUUUGCUGCUUUUAUUGAUACACGUUAUUCAGUUGCUGCCCCAGUAAUUGCUGUUCAGGGCUUUCGGUGGGCCAUAGAUAAUGAUCAAUGGCAAGCUCGAGUUGAUAGUAUUAAGCCUGUGUUUGAAGAAGCAAGGAUUGAUUUAGGGAAGGAAGCCAUUGACAAAGAGGUUGUGGAAAAGGUUUGGCACAGAAUAGCUCCUGGGUUAGCAUCUGAGUUUGACUCACCUUAUACGGUGCCAGUCAUUGCACCACGCCCUUUGUUGAUUAUAAAUGGUGAAGACGAUCCCCGUUGCCCAAUCGAAGGUAUUGAUGUUCCCAUAUCAAAAACACAAAAGGCUUUCGAAGAUGCCCAACUUUUGAAUCAUUUCAAGGUGAUAAUCGAACCAGGAAUUGGACAUGACGUGACUCCAUCAAUGCUUAAAGAAGUGAGUGAUUGGCUUGACAAGUUUCUCAAACCGUAGAAGUUUCUCAUGCAUACCUAUGUAUCUUAUCCUCGACUGAAUAUUGUUGUAUACUGAAAAACUAUAUGCAUAUCAGCUAAAUAAAGCUUCGGCAUUGUUGUUUUUACUGAACACAA